CGGUGUGAAGCCUGAAUGUAACCAGUCCGCCGGCCGGCUACGAUGGAGUUUGUUCAUGUGAUCGUGGCCGUCUUCAGUCUUGUGUCUGUCGGACGCUCAGCUCCUGUGAGUAGCUGUGAAGGUCUGAUACGACCUCUGGAGCUCCCAGGAAGGGAUCAGCUGCUUGGGAAAUGGAUGCACAUAGCCGAGACCAUGGAUAUGCCUGGAGCCAGAGAGAUGACGAAGAUGUUUAUGGACACCAACUGGUUGAACCUCACGGCUGCUGAGCAGGCCGAUACCAUCGUCAACACUAUGAACCCAAAAAUGUCGGGUCGCUGCAUCAGUAUGUCUUAUAACACAACCUUGGAAAACAACAAACUUGUCAUGGUGAACCCCUACCGGGCCUCCGCCGUCCUGCUGAGCACCGGCUGCCCUGACUGCAUGGUGGUGUACUCCAACAACACCAUCGGCAGGAACAGCUACAGCGGACUGCAGCUCCUGAGCAGGCGACCCAAGGUCUCUGCUGCUGAACUCCAAGAGUUCAAGAAGCAGGUGGAGUGUGUGAACUUACCGCCACCCAUCAUCCAUGAUCCAGAGAAAGGUUUUUGCCCAGAUCCUUCUGUUUCCCAAGAAACACAGGUCAUUGAUACCGCCGGUAACAUAAAUUCUGAAACAUUGAACCUUCUUGACAAAAUGUUGAGGAGUGAUAAAGGACUGAAGAAAAUAAGGGACUUUUUCUCUUCAAUGUCUGAACCCAAAAUAACAGAAAAUUAACAAUAUUGCUUUGCUUUCUUGGCAAGAGUUAUUUCCACUGAAAUAAAAAUGCUGUAUGAAAAUAAAGCAUUACUCUACUAUUAUAAUAA